AGUUGUUACAUGAAAUCUGCAGUUUCAUAAUUUCCACGGGUCGGGCCAGGCCGGCCAGGCGCGGGGCACGGCGAUGGCCACCACCGGGGCCCUGGGCAACUACUACGUGGACUCGUUCUUGCUGGGCGCCGACGCCGCCGACGAGCUGGGCACGGGCCGCUACGCGCCGGGGGCCCUGGGCCAGCCCCCUCGGCAGGCGGCGGCGCUGGCGGAGCACCCCGACUUCAGCCCGUGCAGCUUCCAGUCCAAGGCGGCGGUGUUCGGCGCCUCGUGGAACCCGGUGCACGCGGCGGGCGCCAACGCAGUGCCCGCCGCGGUGUAUCACCACCACCACCACCCCUACGUCCACCCCCAGGCGCCCGUGGCUGCGGCGGCGCCGGACGGCAGGUACAUGCGUUCCUGGCUGGAGCCCACGCCCGGUGCGCUCUCCUUCGCGGGCUUGCCCUCCAGCCGGCCUUAUGGCAUUAAACCUGAACCGCUGUCGGCCAGAAGGGGUGACUGUCCCACGCUUGACACUCACACUUUGUCCCUGACUGACUAUGCUUGUGGUUCUCCUCCAGUUGAUAGAGAAAAACAGCCCAGCGAAGGCGCCUUCUCCGAAAACAAUGCUGAGAAUGAGAGCGGCGGAGACAAGCCCCCCAUCGAUCCCAAUAACCCGGCGGCCAACUGGCUCCACGCGCGCUCCACGCGGAAGAAGCGCUGCCCCUAUACCAAACACCAGACGCUGGAACUGGAGAAAGAGUUUCUGUUCAACAUGUACCUCACCAGGGACCGCAGGUACGAGGUGGCCCGGCUGCUCAACCUCACCGAGAGGCAGGUCAAGAUCUGGUUCCAGAACCGCAGGAUGAAAAUGAAGAAAAUCAACAAGGACCGAGCAAAAGACGAAUGAUGUGAUCGGGUUCAUUUAGAAAAGAGAGCGAACUAGAGAGAGAGAGAGAGAGAAUGGACUGAUCUUCCCCUUCUCCCACCCCCGCCCCAGCCUCCACCACCCUGCACAAAGCGAUUCCAAACCCCAGGCCUCAUCUCCCCCUGGCAAACCCUGCUCAGGCAGUCUCCUUGGCCUGCUGCUUUCAUGAAGGAGGUAUUGUAAGCUUUCCAUUUUCUAUAAGAGAACAAAAAGGGGGCAUUGGCGCUGAUGGCUGUGUGUGCUAGCUUGUAUAUAUUAAAAAAAAAAAAAAUCUACCUGUUCCUGACUUAAAAGAAAAAUAACUACCUUUUUAUAAUGCACAACUGUUGACAGCGGACUCUAUAGUUUGUAGUCUGUGUAGUUAAUUUAAUUUGCCCUUUGUGUGGCAGAGCGAUCCGCUGAGAUACUUGAACACUGUAUUUGAUUGUGGUAAUUAUGUUUUGUGACUCAAACUUCUGUGCUGGGUGAUGUACCCGUUGUGAUUGUGGAAGCUAGAAUUCAAUUUGAACUCAGGUUGUUUAUGAGAGGGGGAAAACAGUUGCAUAGAGAGUAGCUCUGUAGUGGAAUACGUCUUCUGUGUAACUAGGCUGUUAACUUUUGAUUGUAAACUAGCUGUAAGGAUUUCCUAGUGAAAUAAAAAUGGUUAAAAUAAAUAAAAGGUUCUCCAGAAGACAUAGAUUCAUGGUUCUCUCCACUUCUGAAAUGCAAGCAUUUUGGUCUCUACACAUUCUAUUGUCCUGUCUUACCUUACAUGUUGUACAUAUAAUCUAUGUAUUAAAGAAAAAGUACACAAUCAGAUAAGUUUGGAUAUUAUUUUUACACCAGGUGAACAGUGAGGAGAUUCGGAGCUAUACGUAUGUGCAGGUUACUACCUAUGGUUUACAUUUAAUUUUAGCUGGGGAGAAUGAAUGCUUAUUGUAAUGCAGUUAAUUUCACUGAUAAUAAAUUAUACACUAUGAAACCGCCAUCGGGCUACUGUAGAUUUGUAUCCUUGAUGAAUCUGGGAAUUCCAUCGGGCUGAACAUACACUGUAUAUUUUGCAAUAGUUACCUCAAGGCCUACUGACCAAAUUAUUGUGUUGAGAUGAUAUUUAACUUUUUGCCAAAUAAAAUAUAUUGAUUCUUUUCUA